AAUACAUAAUAAAAUUAAAGUACUAGAUUAUCCAUGCAUUAUAGUUGCAGCUGUUGUGGAAUGAAUCUCCUCAUAUGUUUAGCUUCUAAUUUCUACUCCUAAUUUCACAAAGCCCUAAUCCGACUAUAUCAGAACCCCCAUGCGAUUAGUUCCAAAAAAAAAUAUGGGUGAAAAUCAGCCGUCCUCCGCCGCUCAGCAGUCGCCGGAAAUCAUAAUCCUCGGCCCGCCGUCCGUUUUCCGAGUAUACGAGAAAGAAUUUAGUUCGAGAUUCCGAGUUUUGAGGCCAUGGGAAUCGCAGGUGCCCCUGCCCCAAUUCCUAGCUGCCCGGGCCCACGGCACGCGGGCCGCCGUCUGCAGCGGCGAUUUCCAGCUCUCCGCCGCGGUUCUCGGCAAUUUACCCUCCCUGCGCCUCGUUUUCACCACCAGCGCCGGCCUCAACCACAUCGAUCUUACUGAGUGCCGCCGCCGCGGCAUCGCCGUCGCCUACGCCGGCAACUUUUUCUCCGCUGACGUGGCCGAUCUCGCGGUGGGGCUCCUCCUCGAUGUCCUUCGGAAAGUGAGCGCCGGAAAUCGCUUCGUCAAAAAUAGGCUUUGGCCUCACCCACCAGACAGCUUCCCUCUUGGCUCCAAGUUGGGAGGCAAGCGAGUUGGAAUUGUGGGGUUAGGAAGCAUAGGUGUUGAGGUAGCAAAGAGGCUCGAAGCAUUCGGCUGCACCAUCUCCUACUGCUCGAGGAAGAAGAAGCCGUUGGCUCCGUACACAUCUUACCCCGAUAUCCACGAGCUAGCAUCAAACAGCGACGUGCUCGUCCUGUGCUGCGCGUUAACUGAGCAGACGCGCCACAUGAUCAACCGGGAGGUCAUGCUGGCGCUGGGGAAGGGCGGGGUCAUUGUGAACAUUGCGCGUGGCGCUGUCAUUGACGAGGAGGAGCUCGUGUCGUGUCUGCUCCGGGGGGAGAUUGCUGCUGCUGGGCUGGAUGUCUUUGAGCACGAGCCCUGUCUCCCUCCGGAGCUCUGUCAGCUCGACAACGUUGUGCUGUCGCCUCACGCUGCCGUCUUCACCGAGGAAUCCAUGGCCGGGUUGUACCAACUCCUUUGUGGGAAUUUGGAUGCUUUCUUCACAGAUAAGCCUCUGCUCUCGCAGAUUCCAGACGAGUAGUCAACAUCUGCUUAGAUUCUCUUCUUGCUUCAAACAUUUUCUUCUCAACUUGAUCAAAAGUUUGCAAGCAAAUGAGAUGAUCCAAACUAGUUUU